AUUAAAAAUACAUUGGGCGAAGUUAAUUAGCAAUGGACAACGACGUCAGUAACUACACAGUCGAAGGGCGUAUCGGAGAGGGUGCCCAUGGCUUAGUAUUUAAAGCGAGACAUAAUCCUACAGGACGUGAAGUGGCACUUAAAAAGAUCCUUAUAAAGAACUUGGAAGAUGGCAUUCCAGUAAAUGUAAUGAGGGAGAUAAAGGCUCUGCAGUUGCUUCGUUGUAAAUACAUAAUCAAACUGUACAACAUGUUUCCUCGAGGAAUGAGCUUGGUGCUAGUUGAGUACAUGUCCUCAGGGUUGUGGGAAAUGCUGCACCACAAUCCAAGCAAGAACUCACCUUACCACGUAAAGACAUACGCGCUCAUGUUAUUGAAGGGGACGCGGUACAUGCAUGCGCAUUACGUUAUGCACAGGGACUUGAAACCUGCAAAUCUAUUGAUAAAUCACGAGGUAUUAAAAAUCGCUGAUUUAGGCCUAGCAAGGCUUUAUUGGCCAGAGGGUGGUAGACCGUAUUCUCACCAAGUAGCUACACGAUGGUAUCGAGCGCCCGAAUUAUUGUACGGAGCCAGAUAUUACACAGAAAAGGUAGACUUGUGGUCGGUUGGUUGUAUCAUAGCCGAAAUGAUCACUAAGCAGCCACUCUUUGCGGUUAGUAUCCAAUAUUUUAAAGAAGAAGAUACUAAGGGCCGUAGAUGGUUCGACGUGUCAAAAAUUGCUUAA